CCUGCAGCUCAGAGGUUCUGUGAGUCUGUGCUUCCUGUUGCCUUCCCUCUGUCUCAGAGGACUCCACUUAUAAAACCACUCCAUGCCGUCAAGAAAGGUAUUUUAAGCAUUGGGAGACAUUUGGAUAAUUUCACAGAUGCCACUGGAUCCAUCUCAGGCUGAUCCUCGUCUACCUCAGGCUCCAUUCUCCUCCUCCAGACUUCUCCAUACCAUUUUGAAAGAAAACUAAAAAUGGUAUCGGCAAUGUGCUCACUGAAGAGACAAAUUUUUAUUUUUCUAAAUAUGAUCUUAGUUUCUAGAGUCUUUGGAGUUCCAUGGUUUCCCAAAACUCUGCCUUGUAAUGUCACUCAAGAUCCCUCAGAGACCCAUGUGAUUGUGGACUGCACAGACAAGCAUUUGACAGAAAUCCCUGAGGGUAUUCCCACUAACACCACCAACCUUACCCUUACCAUCAACCACAUACCAAGUAUUUCUCCAGACUCCUUCCGUAGGCUGAACCGUCUGGAAGAGAUUGAUUUAAGAUGCAACUGUGUACCUAUUCUACUGGGGUCCAAAGCCAAUGUGUGUACCAAGAGGCUGCAGAUUAAACCUCAAAGCUUUAGUGAACUCUCUGACCUAAAGUCCCUUUACCUGGAUGGAAAUCAACUUCUAGAGAUACCUCAGGAUCUCCCACAAAGCUUACAACUUCUGAGCCUCGAGGCCAAUAAUAUCUUCCUCAUCACGAAGGAGAAUCUAACAAAAUUGGUCAACAUUGAAGCACUCUAUCUGGGUCAAAAUUGUUAUUAUCGAAAUCCUUGCAAUGUUUCCUAUAACAUUGAAAAAGAUUCUUUCUCAAUUAUGAAAAAUUUAAAGGUUCUCUCAUUGAAAGAUAACAAUAUCACAGAAGUCCCCACCACUUUGCCAUCUAAUUUAAUGGAACUCUAUCUUUAUAACAAUAUCAUUAAGAGCAUCCAAGAAGACGAUUUUAAAAACCUUACUCAACUGCAAAUUCUUGACCUAAGUGGAAAUUGCCCUCGCUGUUACAAUGUCCCAUAUGUGUGUACACCAUGUGAAAACAAUUCCCCCUUACAGAUCCAUCCCAAUGCUUUUGAUUCAUUGAUAGGAUUAAAAGUUUUACGUCUACACAGUAACUCUCUUAAACAUGUGCUCAAAGAAUGGUUCAAAAACAUGCAGAACCUUCAGGAACUAGACCUGUCCCAAAACUACUUGGCCAGAGAAAUUGAGCAGGCCAACUUUUUGGAACAUCUCCCCAACCUUGUCCAGUUAGAUCUGUCUUUUAAUUAUGAGCUGCAGGUCUACCAUGCAUCUAUAACUUUACCACCUUCACUCUCUUCAUUAAAAAACUUAAAAUUUCUGCAUAUCAAGGGAUAUGUCUUUAAAGAGCUGAAAAACACCAGCCUUUCUGUAUUGCAUGAGCUUCCAAAUCUUGAAGUUCUUGACCUUGGCACUAACUUCAUAAAAAUUGCUGACCUCAACAUAUUCAAACAGUUUGAAAACCUUAAAAUCAUAGACCUUUCAGUAAAUAAGAUAUCCCCUUCUGAGGAGUCAAGAGAACUUGGCUUCUGUCCUAAUGCCAGAACUUCUGUUGACCAGCAUGGACCCCAAAUCCUUGAGACCUUACAUUAUUUCCAAUAUGAUGAAUAUGCACGGAGCUGCAGGUUCAAAAAUAAAGACCUGCCUACUUCUUUGCCUUCGAAUACAGACUGCCACAAAUACGGGCAGACCUUAGACCUAAGUAGAAAUAAUAUAUUUUUUAUCAAGCCCUCUGAUUUUCAGCAUCUUUCAUUCCUCAAAUGUCUCAACUUGUCUGGAAACACCAUUGGCCAAACUCUUAAUGGCAGUGAACUCCAGCCUUUAAGAGAGCUGCAAUACUUAGACUUCUCCAACAACCGCCUUGAUUUACUCUACUCAACAGCCUUUGAAGAGCUCCAGAAACUGGAAGUUCUGGAUUUAAGUAGUAACAGCCACUAUUUUCAAGCAGAAGGAAUCACUCACAUGCUAAACUUUACCAAGAAAUUGAAGCAUCUAAAGAAACUCAUGAUGAAUGACAAUGACAUCUCUACCUCGGCCAGCAGGACCAUGGAAAGUGGCUCUCUUAGAAUUCUUGAAUUCAGAGGCAACCAUUUAGAUAUUCUAUGGAGAGAAGGUGAUAACAGAUAUUUGGACUUUUUCAAGAAUCUGUUCAAGUUAAAAGAAUUAGAUAUCUCCAGAAAUUCCCUGAAAUCCUUGCCUGAUGGGGUUUUUGAGGGUAUGCCACCAAAUCUAACGACUCUUUCCUUGGCUGAAAAUGGGCUCAGAUCUUUUUCUUGGGGCAAGCUCCAGUUACUGAAGCAUUUGGAAAUUUUGGACCUUAGCUACAACCAGCUGAAGAUUCUCCCUGCAAGAUUGGCCAACUGUUCCAAAACUCUCAUGAAACUGAUUCUUAAGAAUAAUCAAAUCAGGCAUUUGACGAAAUAUUUUCUUGAAGAUGCUUUCCAGUUGAACUAUCUAGACCUCAGUUCAAAUAAGAUCCAGAUUAUUCAGAAGACUAGCUUCCCAGAAAAUGUCCUCAACAAUCUGCAGAUGUUACUUUUACAUCACAAUCGUUUUGUGUGCAACUGUGAUGCCGUGUGGUUUGUCUGGUGGGUUAAUCACACAAAUGUUACUAUUCCUUACCUGGCCACUGACGUGACUUGUGUGGGGCCAGGAGCACACAAAGGCCAGAGCCUUGUAUCCCUUGAUCUAUAUACAUGUGAGUUAGAUCUCACAAACCUGAUUCUGUUCUCGGUUUCCAUAUCUUCAAUCCUCUUUCUGAUGGUAGUUAUGACAACAAGUCACCUCUUUUUCUGGGAUAUGUGGUAUAUUUACUAUUUCUGGAAAGCCAAGAUUAAGGGGUAUCAACAUCUGCAAUCCAUGGAGUCUUGCUAUGAUGCAUUUAUUGUGUAUGACACUAAAGACUCAGCUGUGACUGAAUGGGUUUUGCAGGAGCUGGUCGCUAAAUUGGAAGAUCCAAGAGAGAAACAUUUUAAUUUGUGUCUAGAGGAAAGAGACUGGCUACCAGGUCAGCCAAUCCUAGAAAACCUUUCCAAGAGCAUACAGCUCAGCAAAAAGACAGUGUUUGUGAUGACACAAAACUAUGCAAAGACUGAGAGUUUUAAGGUGGCUUUUUAUUUGUCCCAUCAGAGGCUCAUGGACGAAAAAGUGGAUGUGAUUAUCUUGAUAUUCUUGGAGAAGCCUUUGCAGAAGUCGAAGUUUCUUCAGCUCCGGAAGAGGCUCUGCAGGAGUUCUGUCCUUGAGUGGCCUGCAAACCCACAGGCUCACCCAUACUUCUGGCAAUGUCUGAAAAACGCCCUGACCACAGACAAUCACGUGGCUUAUAGUCGGGUGUUCAAGGAAACAGUCUAGCCCUCUGCAGAAUGUCAUGACCUAGGACAUGCCUGGGUGCCUGAGUUUUUCAUAAAUGUCUUAGUAAAAGAAUGUCUGGAAAUGUCCUAACCUUGUCAUUGCUCAGAUUAGUAGGAAAUCAUUAAUGUAUGGCAAAGAAACUAGGAAAAAGAGACUGAUAUACUAGAGCUUCUUUCUUCGUGUAUCCAUCCACAUUUAAAUAUCUCUCCUGGCUCAUCUAUAAAACAUUAUUUGAAGAAGGUGGUUAGGAGGAAACAUAAGGCUCUGAUUUACCUGCAUACAACUGAAAAGAACCACACAUCUGCCUUUAAAAAGUACUGAUAUUUUCAGUUAAAAGGGUAAAAAUUAUUCAAGUUCUGGCUCUCUGAUACUAAAUUGUAGAAGACUUCAAUGAAAUAAAAACCCAGAGAACUUUUCAGCAAAUUGUGGCACUAUCAUGUAGUAUCUACCCUGUGGUACACACCAAAAGCAGUUACUAGUACUGGACAGUUGAUAGCUGCUUCAGUGCCUCUUACUCAUUUCCCUAGGAUCCAUUGAUGGGUUCUCUGGGAAAAUAGAAAAACAUGCUUGGUAUCCAUGGACAUGGUCAACUCAUAAAUGAAAAUAAUAUCUCCUCAAGCAAAAUGAUGUUCUGUGCAUUUGAUGAUAGCUUACCUGCUGAAAUAUGUUAUAUGCAUUGCAAAAUAUUGUUUCCAAAAUAAA